GACGAUCGGGCCCGCGCACAAAUCUGCAGACGACCAACUGACGACGGAGGACGAACGGGUUUAGAGCAGAAUUGGAGAUUUGAUUGGUCACGAGUUGGGUCAUCUAGCAGUAGAAAAACAGAAACCAUUUUCAAGUUUAGGCCAAGUCUAGCAGGAUACCAUCCACGAUGUUCGUCAAAACACAGUUGCUGCUUACGUUGACACUUUUCGUUGUCUACGUCAUCCACACGACGACAGCCGCGCCACAGAACCCCUGCAUGUUCCAGUGCAUGCGGGAGGUACUCAAGUGCAAGCGAGCAGAGAGUAACGGCAUCUACUCUGAGGUCGACUGCUGUGAGAAGUACACGCUGUGCUACUUCAUGUGUCAACCGGAAGCGGAUACAGCGCCACCCUGCAGCCCUAAAGGAAAACGUGGGAGCUGGAACAAGCGUGGCUCCUGGAACAAGAGAGCGAUGCCAGCUGAUUUCGAAGACUACGACCGCGCCAACAUCUUCUAGUAACCAUAGCAACAGCCCUUAGGGAGACGGACGCCCGGACGACAAGGCGGUGGCGUCUACGACAAGCGAGCGAACGUCUAAGACAGACUGAUUUUACUUUUCGAUUCUCGACGAAGAAUAAAACUAGGGACGUUAUUUAAUCAAGCACAGAACAAAUGCCAGUUGCCCUGCCGACUAUUUUUGUAACCAGACUUUGUACAGACGAAACAUUUUCAUUACGUUUGCUUUGAUUUAAAAAAAAUAAAAUACAGC